CCCUGAUUACAUUUACCACCGCCAUUUUGUUACAUUGUAAAUUGUGAAAUUGUGAAACGUUUUCGCCAUUUUUUAAAAAUAUCGGGAAUAAGAUUCUCAUAAUGGUUGUUUUUGUCAAUAUUUUGAAUAAAAAUGGGGUGUGUUGGAUAUAAAUAGAUGUCACGAAUUUUCAAGUCUAGAGCUGAAGCGUCAAAUCAGCGAAAAAACGAGCAUAGCAAGUGAUGACAUUUACAUGACUAUUAACGGUCGCAAAUUUGAAAACCAUUGUAAAGUUGAAUUAAAUCAUGAUGUCAUCAUUCAAUGUCAUCUCAAAGUGCAUGGUGGGAAGGGUGGCUUUGGUUCCAUGCUUCGUGCUAUUGGUGCACAAAUUGAGAAGACAACCAAUAGAGAGGCUUGUAGAGAUUUGAGCGGUCGACGAAUGCGAGAUGUCAAUGACGAGAAGAAAAUUGCCGACUGGUUAGCGAAACAAGCAGAAAGAGACCAAGAGAAGGCAAGAAAGAAGCAGGAAAGACUCGAAAGACUACAAUCACACCCCAAACAUGUCUUUGAGGAAAGUAGCAGCUACACAAAUCAACUUCAAAAUAACAUGGAUAGUGUUGAUGAUGCUUUACGGAAAGGUUUAAAAUCUAGUAAGGCAGGAAAAAGAAAAUUGGAAGGGAAAAAUGAAAAAGCAAAGAAACAAAAACUAUGGCUAGAUAUUGAUGAAGAAUUGAGCAGUGAUGAUGAAGUCAGUGAUUCCUCGACAUCUAGUCCUUCAAUGACCAAAGCCAUUUACAGCACGUCUGAAAAGUCCAUCGAAAAUAGUGGCAUUAAAUGCAUUAACAAACGAGUUGUUGAAUCAGUCGAACUAAAUGAUAAUAACGUUGAAAAUACCAGCGAUAUUAAAACCAGAUACGAACAACUUCAAAAACACGAUGAAACGCCCAAAAUUGAAAGUGAAAAUUCCAAAAUCCAGUUUGAAAAAUCUGUUAAACAUACUGAGACAAGUCCUUCACGAAAUGACGAUACCUGCACAAGUUCUAAUGCCGAGAAUGAUAAAAAAGUUGUGCAAAACGAAGCGACUAGUGGAAAGUUGGAGGAAGAAAAAUCGGUAACGUUUCCUUUAAAUUUGGACGACUAUGGAUCAGUAAAGGAAUUGGAAGAACUUGGUUUGGAUGUUUUGAAAAAGGCGUUGAUCUCACUUGGAAUGAAAUGUGGUGGUACUUUACAACAGCGGGCAGAACGAUUAUUUUCGGUCAGAGGACUAGCACUAGAAAACAUCGAUCUGUCAUUGCUGGCAAAACCACUGGUGGAAAGAAAAAUGGGAAAAAUAAAUGACUGUUUACGAGUCAUAUGAUAAAGCUUGUCGAUGUGUUGAUUUAGGAACGUGUUGCAAAGUUUUCAAAAUGGGUUUUUAGUGCUUUAAUGUUUAUUUAGUUCACUGUAUACUUGUGUUUUGAAAGAGUUACAUUUAUAUGUGUACAAAACUUCAGGUUUCUUGUAUAUGUCAUUCAAAAUAUUAGUACUUUUGUAGAUAUAGUGCAGUCUUCAUUUCAACAAAAAUAUUGCUGUAAUGUGUUUUAUUUUUGUUUUGCAAAAAACUGCCUUUUUGUGAGUUGCUUUGUCGUAAUACUUCAAAGCUAGAAAUAUGUGUUCUUGAAAAAAAUAAAGACGACAACGAUGGAUCUUUGAA